CAUAUUUUAAUUGUGCUAUUCGAUUAACCCUUCAAGCUCAAGCACACAUCUCUCUCUCUCCUCGAUCUGGAGUGGGUUGUACUUUAACUUGGUCAAAGAGAAUGAAGAUUGCUCUGGAUACAGCGAAAGGGCUAGCUUGCCUUCACGGUUCGGAGAGAUCUAUCAUCUAUCGUGACUUCAAGACGUCAAACAUCUUGCUGGAUGAGGAUUUUAAUGCCAAGCUUUCAGAUUUUGGGCUUGCAAAGGAUGGGCCAAUGGGAGACCAGACCCAUGUGUCAACACGAGUGAUGGGCACAUAUGGAUACGCUGCUCCUGAAUAUAUCAUGACAGGUAAUUGCCGUAAACUAAUUGCAUUGAAAGAUCCCAUGUCUUCUGAAAAAGUAAAUGUCUUUACAUUUGAGAGAAAGAACAAUGACUUUGACAUGGAGAUAUGUUGCUCUUCUUUCUUUUGCGUAAAUACCAGACUGUCUUAAAUGAAUGGAAUAUUACUCCUUGACGAGGAAGUAGAGUAACAUAACUAAUUAAUGUCAGAGAUCUAUCUGCUAUAA